GCCAAAGUUCAAGUGUUUAAGAAGGCGUUUCUCUUUCUUCUAAUCCGCUUUGAUCUCUCCUUUUGGUUGUUUCCCAGUUUAGCAUUCAACCACCCCCUCCCGUACUCCUAUAGAUUCGGCAAAGAUAAUACUUCAUUCGUCUUUCAACUUCAAGCAAUCACAAUCCCAAUGACAAACGAGUAAGAAGGUGUUGAACAAGAUGACAUCUGGUAGAGGGAAUGAUACCAGUGCGAUCGCGCAAGAGAAAGUGCCAACACUGAUUCUUUUGACAGCUGGCUUGUUGGGUCUUCAAUGCGUUUGGAGUACAGAAAUGGCAUUCGCAGGUCCAUUUCUGUUGCAUCUAGGUAUCUCUAAAUCUCACAUGUCAAUCGUUUUCGUUGCAGGACCUUUGAGUGGUUUGAUUGUUCAACCUUUGAUCGGAGUGAUAAGUGACGCAAGUACAAGUAGAUGGGGCAAAAGGAGACCACUUUUGUUGUUCAGUUUGUUGACAUGCGCAAAAUCGAUCUUCACCUUGGGAUUCGCCAGACCUUUUGCUUCAAUUAUUAGUGACAACAUUAACACACAAAGUAACAUCACACUCAUCUUGGCGAUCAUUUCCAUCUUUACGAUUGACUUUUCGGUAAAUGCAGUUUCUGCGCUGGAUCGCGCUCUUUUGUUGGAUCUGGUACCAAUGCAUCUUCAAGCCACUGCAAAUGCGUGGUGUGCUCGAUUGGCUGGGAUUGGCGCAAUAAUUGGAUUCUUGAUCGGUCAGGCUGAUUUGACAAUACAUGCACCUUUCAAAUGGUUUCCAGCUCUUGUAAAAGUCCAAGAUGGAGAAAGCGACAAGAUCGAAGCGCAAAUGCGAUGUGUGUGUUUGCUGGUGGUAUUUCUAUUUUUGACGACACAUGCCAUCACUCUGUACGUUGCAAAGGAAAAGCCGGCAAAUAUCUCUGGACAGGAUCAUUCUUUAUCUAGAACGGCACAUAGUCGUCUUUCGAUUCGUCAUCAUUGGCAAGCAGUUUCAAAAAUUAUCAGUGAUCUCUAUUCUACCGCGAUUACCUUGCCACGGCCAAUUCUUGACCUGUUUAGAAUACAGUUGUUCUACUCUUCGGCUUGGUUCCCCAUCCUAUUCUACAGCACUACAUGGGUCGCUCAGAUCGCCAGUCAAUCUCCUGAUUAUGAUGACGCUUCGGCCGCUCGACUAGGAUCGCUGGCUAUGCUCAUGCAUGCAGUUUUGUCGUUUGCUUGCACGCUGAUUCUGCCACCGUUACUUGAACGGCAUAAUUCGAAGCAAAAGCAUGCGAAACAGCAAUACAACCCAUUGUCGAUGUUAUGGUCAAUAUCUACAGUAGUUCUCGCAAUUACUCUAUUGUGUACAUGGAUCGUUUCUGCGACGGGAAGUAUCCAUGGAGCAGUAUUGCUUAUUGCGUUGACCGGUUUUCCAUGGGCUUUGGCUGCUUGGGCUCCUUAUUCGCUUUUGGGGAUAUUGAUUCGCAAAGAAGCUGAAAGUUCACGAGGUUCAGACAAUGUGCCGAUGACCUCCCGAUCUAUCUUGCUUCGAAGAGGGAGCCAUGAACAAGAAGCCCAAUUCUUAAUCUCAAACGGGGAUAGAAGUGAUGACGAUGAAGAAAGUGAAGAUGAACGAUUGCAAUAUCGCACAGCUCGACAUGAAGCAAAUGAAGAUGAUCAAAGUAGCCCUGAGCCAGACAGAGAACAUAUUGCUUUACCGAUGGAAGCACCCCCAUGCGAAACAUCAGAUCCGGAAAAAGGAGCGACAAUUUUGGGUUUAUACAAUAUCAGUGUUGUAAUGUCGCAAUUCUUCAUGACAUUGGUCGGAACGAUUCUGUUUGCUGUUCUAGAACCGGAUGUAUCAGCCAAGUCAGUCACACCGUCAGGAACGCUCAAAAAUGAUGUCAACUCUCCAGAUCAACAUGAUGCGGUGGGCGUAAUUCUUCGUGUUGGUGGAAUGUUUUCGAUUGUAGCAGCCUUUUUAAUUUUCCGAGUUGCCAGGAAGCAUGCUGCCGUUCUGGCUGAUUGAUUCGCUAAUUUCUACAUAGAACUAUCACAGCACACCGUCAUUGUAUACUAUACUCAAUCCUUUCUAACAAAGUACCAUCAUAAUGUACAAUUCUACUGUGGUGUAUAGAAUUAUCAUCAUAAGCGGAACGAACAGAGCGUUUCUGGGCGCGUAAGUGGUAUGCACUGCACACGCUCUUACGCUGUGGAUGGAUAAAUGCCAU